AUGUCUCUUCCACCCUCGCAAAAACUUCCCACGAGGCUCCUGGAGAACCUGGCGGAUUAUACGUUGCAAGACCGAGUCGCCGGCACACUUUUCGGCUCCGCCCUUGGUGAUGCUAUCGGUUUGUACACGGAAUCUCUAUCCGCAAAACAAUCCGAAAACUCCUAUCCGACCCGGAAAUUUAUCCUAGCGCCUCCUGCAAAUGGGACGCCAUUUCGCCAUGACCACCAUCGCAGCCAGCAUGAGCUAGGGGACUGGACCGACGAUACAGAUCAUGCCAUGCUUAUCCUGCUCUCCUACCUACACGACGAUGGUAAGAAGCUUUCGCCGCUCGACUUUGCAUCUCGACUACGAACCUGGGUGGAGAUGGGCCUAAGGGCGCUAGAUACGCUCCCCCUUGGACUUGGCCAGACUAUAGGGACAGUUGUGCGGGCGACUGCCUUCCUUGAGGACCCUGAGGGUACAGCAAGAGAUGCUUGGGUGAAGGGUAUGCGCGAUGUUGCUCCAAACGGCAGCCUAAUGCGGACUCACCCACUCGGGCCGAUGUGUUUGUGGAGGACGUUGGAAGAGACGUUUGAAGUAGCCGCGAGCUUCUCUGUGGUCACUCAUGCAGAUCCUCGCUGUGUCGUCUCAUGCGCCAUCGGAACGGCUCUCAUCCGAGGGAUCAUUAGGGGAGAGGUAUACGAGGAGAAGCAUAUCGAGGAACUGGUCGCUGCCGCCGUGACGUGGUACACGAGAUGGAGAAGAGAAAAGGAAAGGACAGACGAAAGCAGGAGUAAAGACCCUCCACUGGACCUGGACGAACUAUACCGGCACACAAAGGCUAACACACUCGCCGACUUGGAACUUGAUGAUGGCCCCAAGAUUGGUUACGUCUACAAAACCUUUGGGUCCGGAAUUCUCCUCCUCAGACAAGCGAUGCGACAGAUAGCCAGCACUAAUAGUAUUAUAAGGACACCGGCUAGCAUCUUCGAGCCCCUUAUCACCGAUCUCAUCAUGCAAGGAGGCGAUGCAGACACAAAUGCUUGUUUCGCUGGUGCUUUACUUGGCGCUUACUUGGGGUUCAAGGCCUUACCGCUCCAUUGGCGUGAUGGCUUGAGGCAUGGAGAAUGGCUUCUUUCUAAGUCGGAAGCUCUGUGCAUGGUGCUUGGGAUUGGCAGAGGGAGUUACAGCGGCGUCGAGGACAAGGACACUCAUCUGGAUGGUGGAAGGGGCAUGUUGACUAAGGAACAGAUGGAAGAGAGGUGGAUGAUUCUUCAGGUGAAAGUGGCACAGGAGUAUCAUGAGCAGUAA